CGGCCCCCACUCCCCUCUUACCCGGUUCCUAGGCCACGUUCAUUUUCCUCGAAAAGGAUAUAUGUAAAUUUUCCCGGAAAACCGAAUCAAAUCAUUACCUACUCUAGUUUUGACAGCCUCGGUUGGGUGGAACACUCUGGUAGUUGCAGUGGCAGCCAUGGCAGCAGAAGGUUCGAUCCAGAAAUCAGAGGAAGAGUGGCGCGCUAUUCUCUCUCCGGAGCAGUUCCGAAUUCUACGGCAGAAAGGAACAGAGUUGCAAGGCACUGGGGAAUAUGACAAGUUUUAUGGAGAUGGGAUCUACAACUGUGGUGGUUGUGGGACACCGCUCUAUAAAUCCACUACUAAAUUCAACUCUGGUUGUGGCUGGCCUGCUUUCUACGAGGGACUCCCCGGAGCCAUAAAUCGUACUCCCGACCCAGAUGGGAGGAGAACAGAAAUUACAUGUGCAGCUUGUGGGGGACAUUUAGGCCAUGUCUUUAAGGGUGAGGGAUUCUCAACGCCUACUGAUGAACGCCACUGUGUCAAUAGCGUUUCGAUCAAGUUUGCCCCUGCGAAUUCUUCUGCUUCCAGCUGAAUUAUGUGGACUUGGUGUUUGUGAUGCAAAGACAAUGUUCAGGUUCAGGAUUGCAAUAAUAAUUAUGCAAGAAAAGUGGUUGAAUAAGAGAGACAUUGUUGCCUUUAUCGUUCUUAACUUCUUAUAAGUGGUGGAAUAAUAGCGUUUCUAUUGUCUUGACACCCAA